ACUAUAUAACUGAGCAGUAUGGAUCAACUUUUUGCAUCAGAAUAACAGAACCAGAGAGCAGACACACGUAUAUACGCAACAACAUGGGCUACAGUGUAUUCACGAUACUGCUUGUGACUUUUGUUUCAGUUUCUUCUCAACACACAGUUGGGGAGCGCACCUUGCCCACGCUGUAUGAACACUACGUGGCAGGAGGCAUCACGUCAGGACUGGUGGCCAACGGGAGGCAAUUCUUGCUCAACGGAAAGGAGAUCCGCCUGAUGACAGGCAGCAUCCACUACUUCAGGGUCCACCCGGACUACUGGAGGGACCGGCUGAGGAAGCUGCGAGCAGGCGGCUUCAACGGCGUUACCACAUGUAUAUCAUGGAACUUGCACCAACCAGAACUAAACAGUUUUGAUUUUGGCGAUGGAAGCAAUGAUUUUUCGCCCUUCCUUAACCUAACCAAGUUCUUUAAGAUCGCCCAGGAGGAGGACUUGCUGGUGGUUGUGAGGCCUGGACCAUUCAUCAACGCGGAAUGGGAAGAUGGCGGACUUCCCAGUUGGCUUUACCGAGAUUCUAAGGUAAAGGUGCGGUCCUCCAAUCCAGAAUACAUUUCAUACGUGACAACUUACUACAACGCUUUGCUUCCUAUUCUGAAGAAAAUGCAAUUUACAGAAGGAGGACCAGUCAUAGCUUUUCAAAUUGAAAAUGAGUUUGGAUCCGUCGCGAGAGGACAGAAAGUAAAGGACACGAAAUACUUGGAGAUUAUCAGGGACCAGAUGGAAAGUCAUGGGCUUACAGCCCUCAAGUUCACCUCUGACUCAGUCUUAUCAUCCAAGGAUGCCGGCAGUGUUCCAGGAGCGAUGAUGACGGCGAACCUGGGCAGCCAAGUGGAGGCGUCACUGGCCAUGCUGAAGGAGUUGCAGCCGGAAAAGCCCUUGUGGGUGAUGGAGUACUGGACGGGCUGGUGGGACCACUGGUUCGACAAGCAUCACACCAAGCCAGUUGCAAGUUACCUAACAUACCUCAAGCAAAUUCUUGAAUUUCCAGCUAAUUUCAAUCUCUAUAUGUUCCACGGAGGCACUUCGUUUGGUUUCAUGAACAGUGCAACAAUGAAAAGAACUUUCCCAACAUACAAAUCAGAUGUUAGUAGCUACGACUAUGAUGCUCCUCUGAGUGAAGCAGGAGACUACACUGAGAAGUAUAAUGCAACAGUGGAGCUGAUAGCCAACUAUUUGACUGUAAAGACCAAACUGCCAGCGAUGCCCGCUGAGAGUGUCAAGAUGGCAUACCCAUCAAGCAAAAUAUCAGAGAGUCUUAGCCUUAGUGAACUGGUGCUCUUAGUCGAUGAAGCCGACCAUGUAAACUCCACCAACGUAAAGCCCAUGGAACUGCUGGAAGUAAACAACCAGAGUGGACAGAGCUAUGGGUUCGUCUUGUACAGGAAAACGAACGUCAUCAUCCCAGAAAAUGCGGUAGUGAAAAUAAAUGGGCAAAUAAAUGACCUGGCUGUGCUUAUGGUCAACGGAGUAAGGAAAACUGAAGUGUUCAAGGACGCUAAGCAGCAGAUGAGUUUUGGGUACUUUGAUGCUAAUAGCACUGCGCAACUGGCCCUGGACAGCGCGAGUGUCGGGGGAGCACGGACUCUGGACAUCCUGGUCGAGAACUGGGGCCGGAGAGCCAACACGAAAGGAAUAGUUUCAGGCUCCGUCCUCUUAAAUAACGACACCAUCAAAAACUGGCAGAUAUACGCUCUCCAGUUCAAAGGGAAAUGGUUGCGCAGUUUGAGCGGCUGGCAAGCAGUGGGUAAAAUGACCGAGCCAACGCUGUUCCGAGCGGUUCUGGACAUAGAAGCCCCACACGACACCUUCAUCAACAUGUCGGCCUGGGGCAAGGGGAGCGUCUUCGUGAACGGCUUCAACGCUGGCCGCUACUUCCCGGCCGCCGGCCCCGCCCAGACCCUCUACGUCCCGGCGCCGCUGCUCAACAAGGGGCGGAACGAGAUCCUGGUGUUCGAGCUGUACAGCGCCGCUUCAGAGAUUACCUUCUCCAAAGUGCCCAUUCUCGGAUAAAACCUUUCAACUAUUAAGUUUCUUGUUAUGAGCAGUAAUUAUGAAAAUAAAUAUUCAAAUACCAUU